AUACCACCGAGCCCAACUCCAAGCCGUAUGUCGAUGACGAGCUACAGCACAUGUCCGGAACCGAGCACUCUUGGACAUGCGGUCAUGCGACGCUAUCCAGUUUAUUCGACACAGCCUACCGAUGAAAUGAAAUUGAAUCGACAGGAUGCACAGGAUGAAGGCGGCAAUAUUUCCGGAAAUUCGGGCUUCGAUUCGGUAGAGUAG